AUGCUCAAGCUCUGUGAAGAUGAAAGAGCUAUUUUGCAAGAUGAGCCCAGUGAUGUCAUCAAGAAUCUGGGGCUGUUGACGGCACUCCGGCAAGCGUCGGAGGCAGAGGCGCCGCAGAAUCGCGCUGCGGCUCUCUCCAAGUCUCGUAAGAAACGAAAUGACCUGGACGGGUCCGCCACAGAGUCCCCUGGCCCUUCUGGACCCUCUUUUUCGGAUAAGGUCAGCCGCUCCAAGGGAGGGACUCAACGUAGUACGAGCGUGUCGAGCGCGCAGGCGCGCGAUGGUCGGGAUAGUCGGGACAGUGUCGUUGUGAAGGUUGAAGAGGGUACGGAAGGCACCAAGGGCACUAUGGCCGAACGCAGUGGGCAGCUCGUGGUCGGAGCUGAGGUCGUGUUUAAGCACAACAAAAAACAAGGAUUCGAAGGCGAGGGGAUUCAAUGCAUCAUCAAGAGCAUCUCGGGGGACGGAAAUAAGAGACGGUACGAUGUGCAAGACCCUGAGCCGAAUGAGAAUGGUGAGCAAGGCGCGGUCUACAAGACGACAGCUGCCUCGUUAAUCCCAAUUCCCCAGGUGGGAUCGGCCUUGCCAUCCUUCCCCGUGGGGAAGCAGGUCCUGGCCCGGUACCCCGAUACGACUACUUUCUACUGUGCCGAGGUAAUGGGAUCGAGAAAGGACGUCUAUCGUCUGAAGUUCGAAGGGGAGGAAGACGACAAGGAGAUGGAAGUUGAUCGCCGAUUUGUUCUGGAUGUCUCGGGCAAAUGA